AUACAUACCUCAGAAGGUGGACAGAGAGAGCAGUUUUGUAGCCAGUAUAUCUAAAGGACACCUGCACCAUGCUCACCGCGUGCCUGGAGUUCCUGGGCUUGGCUCUGUGUGUGGCCGGCUCUCUGCUGGUGAUGAUCGCCUGUGGGCUGCCGAUGUGGAAGGUUACUGCUUUCAUCGACUCCAACAUCGUGGUAGCUCAGACCAUUUGGGACGGUCUUUGGAUGUCCUGUGUGGUUCAGAGCACAGGCCAGAUGCAAUGCAAAGUGCACGACUCCGUCCUGUCCCUCACCCAGGACCUCCAGACCGCCCGCGCGCUCACGGUGGUCUCCGCUGUCCUGGGGGUGAUCGGACUCACGGUCACUAUCGCAGGAGCGCAGUGCACCAACUGCAUAAGAGAUGAAAUAGUGAAGGGCAGGGUGGUGAAUGCUGGAGGGAUCAUCUACAUCAUCAGUGGACUGUUUGUGCUCGUGCCUCUCUGCUGGAUGGCCAACAACAUCAUCGUGGACUUCCAUAACCCGCAGAUCCCCCCGUCCAAGAAGAGGGAGAUAGGAGCGUCCAUCUACAUCGGCUGGGCGGCCACAGCUCUGCUCCUGCUGGGGGGCGCGCUUCUGUGCUGCUCUUUCUCACGGGGGGUCAGAGGCUCAUUUCCCAUCAAAUACACAUCUACUAAACCUAUCUCAGGCAACGGAGACUUUGAUAAAAAGCACUAUGUAUAAACAUUUAUUUUUAUGUAGCCUACACACAAAGGACAUUUAUUUUUGAUCACGUGUUCAGUCAACCCUCCACAGAAACACAUUUGAAACGUGGUCUGGGCAUCACUUCACACAGUAAAAGCCUGAAAGCGUCCAGGUGGUCGAUGCUGGACACUUUUUUAUUCAUCGUUAGCUUUUGAAAUAAUACAAUUUAAAGUGACUGAUUAUUGUUAAAGUAAACAAAAACGGAUUAUAACUCCAGGGUAGGCUCCACAGGCCUUAACAAAUGCAUUAUUUUAUUUUAUUUUCAGAGGUUUCAAGUGUUGUGUGAUAAGCUGAUGUCUGUGUACACUUCUUGAGGUUGGACCUUUGUGAGCUCCCCAUUGUAAAGCUAUUGUUUUGUUUGUCCCAGUGGACUCAUUAAGUGGAUUGCUUAACAUUUGUUCCCACAGUGAGUGUACAGCUGACAGUGAGGCCUGGUCAGCCCAAUGUGCACUCCUGGUGUAAUAAAAAGGACUGACCAUGGACUGGACCUUUGAAU